AUGACUGAACAACCAGAUAUGAAAGAUAUAGCAUUGAGAUUUUUACGUCAGUAUAAGGACCGAGUUGUCAGUCGGUUUCGUCAAAAUUCCGAUGACCAUCGGUUUAGUCAAAUCAUAAAUUCGAACCAUUUUGCAGGUCAAAUAUGUGGAUUGAGUCAAGAUUUAUGCUUGAGGUACGAGAACGAUGAAUGGCAAAGUCGAGUGUUUGAGGUAAUUGAUGUUGAUUUGAUAUACGAUAAUGUCGAUGCCUUGGGAGGAGAUGAGAUGAGUUACACGGACAAUUUGGUUAAGGAGUUGCUAAGGUAUUUUAAGCAAGAUUUCUUCAAAUGGUGUAACAAGCCAGACUGUGAAACAUGUCAAUCGUCAGAGGGGCAAAAUAAUGUUGGCACUGAAGGCCCCAAUCCCGAUGAAAGUCUGUUUCGAUGCGGUGUAGUGGAAAUUUACAAAUGCAAUAAUUGUGGUACAACGACACGUUUUCCUCGUUAUAACGAUCCAGUCAAGUUACUUGAGACCCGUACGGGGCGUUGUGGUGAGUGGUGUAAUCUUUUCAUGCUUUUCCUCAAAUCUUUUGGAAUUGAGUCUCGAUAUAUCUGGAAUCGAGAAGAUCACGUCUGGUGUGAAAUUUAUUCCAAUAAAUUGAACAGAUGGGUUCAUGUCGACAGUUGUGAACAAAGCUUCGAUCAACCGUAUAUCUAUUCUAAAAACUGGAACAAGAAAAUGAGUUAUGUGUUUGCCUUGGGUAAAGACGGAGUUUCGGACGUUAGUAAACGGUACAUUUUGCAAAACGACUUGCCGCGCGACCAAAUGUCCGAAGAUGACCUGGAUCUAGUCAUGAAAACCUUGACAAAAAAGCUAAGGUCUCAUUUAAACGAUGAUCAAAUCUAUCAGCUCUCUUGUCGAGAUGAGAGAGAACAGCUGGAAUGGCUCGAUCCAAAAUUGUCUAGUACCACGCAGACUUCUCGGGUAGGCCGUGAAAGCGGUUCAGUUGAGUGGAAGAAGCUGAGAGGUGAAGAUGGGGUGUGA